CACGGCAGCAGUCCACAGGAACCUCGAUGCCAGUCUCACAGCAGCUCUGUGGGAGGAUGAGGGAAGACUAUAGCGACAUGGGACCUCACAUCUCCUGAAUCUGAAACUCGGUGCUGUAGCUGUUAUUGGACUUUCUAAUGAUUCGGAGGAAAUCAAAAAGUUGGCUUCAAGGAUGUUCUUCUUAGAUGGGACUCUCUCAGCCGUCAGUUUUGCGCUUCUAUUCGGAAUAACGUGUCUAAUCGUCCAAAGCGACAUCACCAAGGGCUCCUCGGAAUUUUCAGGAUACCUGUCCAAAGUGUUAAAGAACUACAGUGAGCAAGCCUGUGACGGAGACAUCCUGUCUAUUCGCUGUCCACCACGAACCACCAUCACCGUUCAGUCAGCUUUCUACGGAAGAAGAGGUGCCUCUGACCCCCAACAGUGCCCCCGGACCUACCAGGCCCUCCUAGGUCCUAAUCACAUUCAAGAGGAUGAUCGACAUUGUUCGGUGUCCACUGCACUACAGAAAAUGCUGGACGAGUGCCAAGACAGAAGGAGCUGUCAAGUCCUUGUCAACAGCCGCGUGUUUGGGAUGGACCAGUGUCCUGGCAGCAGUAAAUACCUCAUUGUCUGGUACAAAUGCAGACCUAAUGAGUAUAAGAGUAAGGUGGUCUGUCAGGAGGAGAGGAUGAGGCUGAGCUGCAAGGGGGGUAAGCAGAUUGCCGUUUAUUCCGCCAUGUUUGGACGAACUCAGCAAGGCACGCUGGAGUGUCCCCCUAACUACAGGAGGACCUCAGUAGAAUGCCAGUCAUCUGUGGCCCUGCAAGUUGUCACAUCCCACUGCCAGGGAAAGAAAACCUGCCAGGUUCGAGCCUCCACCAGAGAGUUUGGAGAUCCAUGUUAUGCUGGCACCAGGAAAUACCUCAGCGUCAUCUACACUUGUGUUCCAAAGAGGUUGCUCCAGGAGCAAGACCCCAGACCACCAGUGUACCACCCACCACCCAGUGCCUAUGACCCUAACAUAGUGGGAGACAGCCCUCCUGAAGGGAACUCAUUUAAAGGUCCUACCACAGUUCCAGUAGAUAGGAUAAAGGUUCGGGAGACAAACCCCUUAAACGACAAGCCACCAGAAACUGAAGGAGAAGGAGGAACUGGAGGAGGAAGGGGAAGGGCAGGAGAAAGUCUUCUGCCACCAUCAAGCAUGAAUCCUGUAAUUAACUCCACUUCUAGUGGAAGCAUGGCCCUCAUCAGCAAUGCUCUGGCAGCCUACACUUAUAUAUCAGACCACCCAGAGAGGGCUGCGCUAUUCUUUGUCUGUGGUGUGUGUUUGGGUCUCUUCCUCACUCUCUUCGCCCUGGUGGUCCAAAUCUCCUGUCGCACCGACUGCCAACCCCGCCAGCAGUCUCCCGCCAAGAAACGACAGCGUCCCGCUGACUCGUCCUCCGACUCCAGUGACUCGGACUCAGACUGGGACACCACCUCAGACUUGUCGGCACGGAGACACAGACGCUUUGAGCGUACGCUUAACAUGAACGUGUUCACAUCAGCAGAGGAGCUGGAAAGAGCGCAGCGGCUUGAGGAAAGAGAGCGAAUCAUCCGUGAGAUCUGGAUGAACGGGCAGCCGGACAUACCAGGAACACGGAGCCUCAAUCGGUAUUACUAAGGACUGCUUAGGGACAUUAAGUAGAAGGCUUACUUAACUUGAACAGAAUUUAGGACACACUUGGGUUAGAGGGGGAAAGAGACAAAGUCGACAUGGAGCUUUAUGAGCAAGCUUCCAAAAGCAACCAUGGACUCUGAUGCGAACAGAGGAAGUUCCCCCUUCUCUGCUGUUUUGCAUGUUCCUCUGGGCAUCAUAAGCUGUACCCCCUUCAGUCAAACAAUAAACUCCCACUCUGCAUGGCAAGCUUGCCUCUUAGCUGGCUUGUACUGCCGGAAGUAAGAGGUGAAAGGCUACACUGACUUGCCGGUGACCUCAGCAUUUCAUUUGAAGUGGGGAUUUAUAGGUUUGCUGCCUUAGACAUACACAGGCCUGCAGAGACUAUACAGCAACUGAAGGACCAAGGCCUCACAGUGGUUUGUUUUAUACAGAAUGCAGGGCAGCUGGAAGAGACUGUGACACUUGGAGCUCUAUGCUCACUACCCUCCAGUAUUCAAGAGUGAACUUUAACAGAGGGGCUUUUAGUGCGCUUGACAAUGACAGAGUAAGACAAUCUUUCCACAGUGAACAGCCAUGCUGCCUUUUGAGCUUUAUAAAACCAAAAGAUUGUGUGUGUGUGUGUGUGUGUGUGUGUGUGUGUGUGUGUGUGUGUGUGUGGGUGGGUGGGUGAAAGAGAAAGAGUGAGUGUGCAGGGUGGGGGGGUUAAUCUCAACCCUCAUGAAAUUUAUUUUAUAAUAUUUAAUAGUUUAUUGAUGUUGUGUAUUUUUUGUUCUCAAUUAUGUUUUAUUAUGAGAUAUUUUUAUACUUGGCGAAGGUCAUUUGGCACCUCAGGGAUGCAAUCCUAGUGUUUCUGUGUUUGGAUGGUGUGCUCUCUUCCUAAGGAGGGAAUUGGCCAAUUUAAAUAGUUCUGUCAACAUUUAAAGAAAGGAAUUAGAAAUAUGAUAUAGCAAACCUCAAAGAGGUAUUUUUGUGAUUUAGCCUUAUUUUUGAGACAGUAAUUCACAUUGCAGUGCCUUUUCUAGCUAUAAAGUCACUGUUGUCAUAAUUGUGGCAGAUGUGUCUUGCAGUAACCGGUCAAUUUAUUUAGUAAUUGGAAAUCCUAAAUUAAUCUUGUCAAGUUUAUAUUCCCUUUUUAAACUUUGUGGCUAUGCUGAAACAGAGUUUGUGUAAAAUCUAAAUGUUUCUGUUGAAAUAUUGCACUUGCUAUCUUCUCUGAUGUAAAUUUAAAAUACCAGAAUAUGUCAAUUAUGUACUGGUGCUUUUGCAAGAAAUUAUUUUGCCGGUCCUCAAGUUAUCAAAUAUUGUGUGAACUUCAGGUCUGGUGUACACUUUUCCAUUAUUUGAAACCAAUCAGUGCUAAAAAGAUGUCUGUGGUAAUUGUUGCUCACUGCCAUCUGAAGAAGGAACCAGCACUGCAGGAAAAAAAAAAAGUGGAUAUAUAAAGUGCUUCUUUUUGAUAACAUUGCCAGUUUGA